CCCUCUAUCUAAGCGAAUCAAAUCCAUGGCCCCAUCUGUCCUAUACAAUGGGUUUCUUGUAACAUCUUUGAUUUUCUUUGUAGUUAUCUUUGUAAUAAAAUAAACAAAAAAAAAGACUAAAAAUUCUCAAAACUAGUAUUAUAAAGUUGCCAAAAAGAGAAAUUCCCCACCUAUUGUCCUGUUCUUACUCCCUUCCUAAAUUCAAGAUCAUGAUAACAACACAACAACUUCCCUGUAACAACUCAAAAUGAAACCACAUUCACAUAAACAUUUCAUUAAAUUACAUUGUUAUUACAUGACCCUACAAAAGAGAACUUUCUUUCCCUUUGUUUCUCACUAAAAAAAGACCAAUGUUUUCGUUGCAUGCAUGUUAAAAAAAACUGAUAGACAUUGGUAAGCAAGAAGAUUGGAUUGGCCUUUGGGUUGGGUAUCUUUUCCUGAGAACUGAGAACCAAACCAAUAACAGUGACACUUUGAGAAGGGAAGUGAAGAAAAGUAAAGGAAGAAGCUUUGGAGAGAAAUGGCUGGAGGAGGAGGAGAAGGGGCAACAUUGGAGUAUACACCAACAUGGGUCGUAGCAGCAGUUUGCACAGUGAUUGUUGCCAUUUCUUUGGCUAUGGAACGUUUGCUUCAUUAUGUUGGGAAUAUUUUGAAGAAGAAGCAACAGAAACCACUCUUUGAGGCUCUUUUGAAAGUUAAAGAAGAGUUGAUGCUGUUGGGGUUUAUAUCACUGUUGUUGACAGUAUUUCAGAGUGCAAUUUCUAAAAUCUGCAUAUCAAGGGAAGCAUUAACAAGCAUGCUCCCUUGUAAAAUUGAAGACAAUAAAGAACCAGCUGAGGGCUUCCAUGUUACUCCUACAACAUCACAUUUUCAAAAGUACUUUGCUUUUACCCUGUCCGGUGGCACCAGGCGCCUACUGGCUGAAGCAUCUACCUCGUCCCAGAUGGGUUACUGUGGUAAGAAGGGUAAGGUACCUUUGUUGUCUGUUCAAGCCCUACAUCAUCUGCAUAUUUUUAUCUUUGUCCUGGCCAUUGUCCAUGUGACAUUCUGUGUUCUCACAGUUUCUUUUGGAGGGUUAAGGAUACAUCAAUGGAAACGUUGGGAAGAUUCAAUUGAAAAAGAGAAUUAUGAUGCAGAGCAAGUGUUGAAGAAAACAGUCACUCAUGUCCAUCAGCAUGCUUUUAUCAAAGAGCAUUUUAAGGGUUUCGGUAAAGAUUCAACUCUGCUAGGUUGGUUGCAUUCAUUUUUUAAGCAAUUUUAUGCAUCUGUGACCAAAUCUGAUUACGUGACACUAAGGCUAGGUUUCAUCAUGACCCAUUGCAGGGGGAAUCCCAAGUUUAAUUUUCACAAAUACAUGAUACGGGCCUUGGAAGAUGAUUUUAAGCAAGUUGUUGGUAUAAGUUGGUAUCUCUGGCUAUUUGUGGUCAUCUUCUUGUUGCUGAAUAUUAAUGGCUGGCAUACAUAUUUCUGGCUUGCUUUCAUCCCUUUCAUUCUUCUGCUUGCUGUGGGCACCAAGCUCGAGCAUGUGAUUAUCCAGUUGGCUCAUGAGGUUGCUGAGAAACAUAUAGCCAUUGAAGGGGAAUUGGUGGUUCAACCAUCAGAUGAACACUUUUGGUUCAAGAAGCCCCGCAUUGUUCUCUUCUUGAUCCAUUUUAUCCUCUUCCAAAAUGCUUUUGAGAUUGCAUUUUUCUUUUGGAUAUGGGUUCAAUUUGGCUUCGAUUCCUGCAUAAUGGGUGAAGUUUGUUAUAUCAUUCCAAGGCUUCUAAUAGGGGUUUUCGUUCAGGUACUCUGUAGUUAUAGCACCCUGCCACUUUAUGCUAUUGUCACACAGAUGGGAAGCUCAUUCAAGAAGGCAAUAUUUGAUGAGCAUGUGCAAGCAAGUCUUGUUGGUUGGGCACAGAAGGCAAAGAAAAAGACUGCCUUAAAAGCUGCUACUGAGGGUACAGCUGCUCAAGCAAGCCCUGAGGAAGCUCCUUUUGUUGCAAUUCAGAUGGGGAGAAUACCGCGCAAUGCAUCUGAUCCAGAGUAGAUUCGUCAUACGCAUGAUUCUGAUGGCUCGAGAUGAGCAGUGCUGAUGGAUCAAAAGAGCUGUGCUACUUGCUUCAUGGUGAAUGAAUGCUGGUUUUGGAGAAUUCUUUAUUAGGUGACAGCAUUGGUUACAUAUUUAUAUUUAUAUUCACAUGGGUGGAUGCUAAGUCAACAAGUUAAGGCUGUUAAAGAGUUUGAACAUCCAGCUGAAGCAUUCAGUUGCUGUUAGUGCUUACCGGUUAGUGUAUCUAAACAGCACUUAUUCUGCAACCUUAACCCACAGUUCUACCAUGGAGGCUCAAAUUUUACACAAUAAUGAAUUUUGUUUAAACUGGUGAGAAAUUCAUAGAAAAUA